GAAAACUGUAAUGCAAUGAAGCAAGACUGCCCGAUUUGAAAAGAAAGUCAGUUUCGAAAUUAAAAAGAAAACUUUCCCAGAUGGUUAAAGUAAGCGACUAUUUAUUACCCUUCCAUUGAUGGGGCAAAGGUCCCUUUGUUGCAAUGAGUGACUCAUUAACAUUUUGAUUAUAUAACCCAGCGACUUAAAAUCGCCUCAUUCUGCAGUUUGGAGAGAUUUUAGGAAACCUUAUGCUAAGGAAGAUGCAGCUCCCUGUUUUUGUAGUGGAUGCUUUUACAGCGGAGUCAUUCCGGGGGAACCCUGCCGCAGUUUGUCUCCUAGAAAAUGAACUGGAUGAAGAAAUGCACCAAAAAAUCGCAAGAGAAAUGAACCUUUCUGAAACAGCUUUUAUCCGGAAACUAAAACCGACAGACAACUUUACCCAAAGUUCCUGCUUUGGGCUAAGAUGGUUCACGCCGGCUACUGAGGUCCCUCUCUGUGGUCAUGCUACGUUGGCUUCCUCAGCUGUGCUAUUUCACAAAAUAAAAAAUGUGAACAAAAGCAUAACUUUCGUCACUCUGAGCGGAGAGCUGAAGGCCAGCCGAGCAGAAGAGGGGAUCGUCAUGGACUUGCCUCUCUACCCCACUUACCCCAAGGCUGAUAAGGAAGUCCAGAACUUAAUCCAGGCGCUGGGCAACGUGCGCGUUCAGGAAGUCCGUUAUUCUCCAGACACCAAGAAGCUGCUUGUUCGGCUUGACGAUUCUUACGGAAGGUCUUUCCUAGAGAACCUCCAAGUGAACUCCAGGAGUCUGAGCGAGGCGGAGAACACGGGGAACGUGAGGGGGCUCAUCCUCACCCUGAAAGGAGAGGGAGGCGGAAGGGCCCCCGGCUACGACUUCUACUCCAGAUAUUUCGCCCCCUGGGUUGGGGUGCCAGAAGACCCCGUCACGGGAUCUGCCCAUGCCGUUCUCAGUAGCUACUGGUCACAGCAGCUGGGGAAGAAGGAGAUGCGGGCUUUUCAGUGCUCCUGUCGUGGGGGAGAAAUGAAGAUUUCAUUGCGGGAUGGUGGAAGAGUUGACAUUACGGGUCAAACAGCCCUGGUUUUGGAAGGGAAUCUGACCAUCUGAAAGUCACCACAACAAAAUUUACAUUGCUUCCCUGAUGAUUACUUUUGUGGAAUUGCUAAAUUCAGAUUAAAUGUAGAAUUAAAGGAAA